AUGAGAAAAAAACCAAGCUCUCCAUAUGCUGAAUUAAUUGAAGCUAAUAAAAAAAUUCUAAAAGAAGAUGGAAAAUAUUUAGAUUACCAAAACCUUCCUAUGCCUUAUAGUUAAUCAUUUCAACAGCUCACUUAAUUUCGUAUACCAUAAUAUUUCGAGUUAUUGCACCGCAAAAAUUAGAAAAAACCUGAAAUUCAUCAAGAAUCUAAUCAACCUAGUGUCAAUUAAAACAAUAUUUAAACACAACGUAUUCUUUUGUUAAUUUUAGCAAAUCCCAAAAGAUAUUAAUAAAAAAUAAUUAAGAGAAAGCCUUUUUCUAUGAGUAGAUUUUAAACUGCCUAAUUGGAAAGGUAUAUUGUAAAAAGAAUAAAGCAAUUAGAUAUCAUCUGGUUCUUUUAAUCGAGCAAAUUACACUCUCAAUAAAAUUUUAAGCAGUCUUCCUUUGAGUCAGUUACAUUAGAUUCAUGAGGCAAAGUAGGAAAAUAUCCAGACUUUUAUUUAAAGAAGAAGAAAUAACUAAAUGAGAACGGUAACUCCUAAAUAUAAUCUUAAAACAGAUUCUUAAAUGGCUAAAUUUUUUGGGUCAUCGAGUAUAUAAUUAAAUAAUUUAAUAGACAUUUUCCCUACUCUAUCUACAUUUAGAUUAAAAACCAUUCAAUGA